AGCACGAUUGUCGCCUUGGCAACCAAAGGUGAAAAACGAAAAACAAAAUAAAGUGCUCCGACGAAACGAAGACGACCCGCAGAGAUCCGGACAGUUUUUUGAUUUUUCCGAAAAAAAAGUCGGACCACGUAAAUCGAAGUUCCAACCGUGAGGUGUGCCAUCGAAGAGGUCUGUUUGCUGGCGGUUUGGUGUUUUUUUUCGUGUCGCGAAUCCGCCGGGCUGAUGGGGCUGUGAAAAGUUGCGAUUCGUUUUUUUCUUUUCGCGUAGUGAGCAAUGUCUUGAAGCGUGUCAACUCUGCACGGCCUGCUUAGGUGGGAGUUUGCCCUACCGUUCUUUGCAUUGUUGUGCAAUAGAAGCAUCGGAAAACGGAAUCGUUCCAGCAGGUGAAAGUGCUUGCAAAGUACCCUGGAAGAGUACUGUGCUUCCUAAACGAAAACGUUUCUUUUGGGGAGGUCGUUUUCCGUGACAAAUUUGCAGUUGAAUGGUGUGGUGUUUAUGUUUAACACUUGGAGGGGAAUAAUAAAGGAAGAGCAGUGAUUUGCAUUGAAUAAUUUAAAUUUGUGUUGUGAGUGAGAGCAGGCUCAGCCUUAGGAUGAAGCUUCUAUCUGACGCAUGUUUGAAGCAGUGAGGAAAGGAUCCGGCCUAGAAUGAUGUUUCCUACUCGCGUAAUCACCCGACAGCCUUAAAUCUGCAACCACAGCGUUUCAUCUUACCGUUUACCAACCAAAUUGUGCAUGAAUAUUCAAUAAAGCCCAGUACCAUAUCAUACCGUAACCAAUCCGUACUAUUCACAUAACACAAAACUGAUACAGGGUUCGAAAAAAAUAUCCAUCCGACACAUAGUUCAUAUAUCCAUAGCUAGCUUAGAAGCUCAAUCAAUCGAAUCCCGAUUUCAAGUCUUAAAAAAGCACAAUGGCCACCCGUUUAGCCACGCAGCGUAGUUUUAUAACAGUUACCCCGAUCGCAAACGCUACCCCCACUGCAGCGACUACGGCACCGCCGACUUCUUCGCCCAGUCCCGGUGGUGGCACAGGAGGUUCUCCUUCUAGUGAUGGCUCAUCGAUAGUCGUGAACUCUCCGACGUCGACGGUUCCUACCGUUACGGUCGUUCCCACAACUGCGCUCAAAAAUGGUACAGGAAAAUCAAUAUCUAAUCAAUCGCCGGUAGCGGCUGGCACCACUGCACCUGCCGUCAUACCAACCAGCUUGAUCGCCAAUAACCUUAGCAUUGCAAAUCUUCUAGGCACAGUCAAUGGCAACUUGACACUGCAGCAGAUCAUCCAGCAGUGUUCUUCAUUGCAGAAGAAAAUCGUAAUCCAUCCCAACGGAACCGUCAUCGACAUCGUACCGAUCGACGAGGCUGAUUCGCCUGAAGACUCCAAAAUGGGCGUGCAGCUGGAGGUUGGCGACGGUUCAGAGACAGCGCCCUCCUCAGUCAAUGGUACCGAGCAGCAGCACGUGACAGCGCAGGUGGCCGUUGUGCAAGCGCAGAGUCCAACCGAAGUGAGCCCUCGGUACAUCACGCUGACCGCAACGGAUCAGGAAUGCACGGCGGCAGUGGUAGCGGCGGAAGUGGACGAAGACGAUGUUCGCUCGUACGCCUCGCUGACGGCGGUUGACGUGUCCUCUCCGGAAAAUGUCCAAAAUCAUCACGGAUAUGUUCAGUACGUCGACCCCGAUAUGUACACCAGCGGUCAAAGCCAAACACAGAUGCCCUAUCCAAUAUAUGCAGUCGGUGACUACAGUUCCUCCGGCGGUCAGCAGUAUUACAGUACCGGCGGCAAUGGUGCAAACACAGGCAACGGAAACACCAGCGCCGCUACCGGCGGCACCGGAACCGGUAAUUACAGUGCCUCAUCUGGCAGUUCGCACUCCUCGAAUGGAACCGGCGGCGGUGGAUCGAAUGGAAGUGGUUCUUCGGGAGGCGGUGGGAACGGCGGUGGCGGUGGCAAUGGCGGGGGAGGAAACGGAAACACCAAUCAGUACAUUGUUCCGGUGGAUGAAGCCACACUGCUCGGCUCUGCGGCCACAAACGGAGCCCACCAGCGCGAUUCACCGCAAGCCAUGACGGACGUUGCCUCGUACCUACAGUCGCAUCAGGUGUCACACCACUCAAACUCGACGACGCCUACUCCGGACAUAGAUCCAACGCCCAGUCUAAGCCACGCGACGCGGGUCUCUCCAGCGACGGUCGCCUGGCUGGUGGAUAACUACGAGAACGCCGAGGGAGUCAGUUUGCCACGGUCCACGCUGUACAACCACUACAUGCGCCACUGCAACGAGCACAAACUGGAUGCGGUCAAUGCGGCAAGCUUUGGAAAACUGAUCCGAUCGGUUUUCACCGGACUGCGAACGCGCCGGUUGGGCACACGUGGGAACAGUAAGUACCACUACUACGGGAUUCGAAUUAAGCCGGGUUCGUCGCUGAACAACACCAUGGAUGACCAGAAGCCAAUGAAUGCUAGUCAUAUGAAUAAUAAUAAUAGUCAUAGUCACAACCAUAAUACCAUGGGUGGCGGCGGAGGGCACGGUGCCGGAUCAGGAGGAAUGGGACACGGUGGCUCGAUGAAUCAUCGUGGAUCGAAAAAGGGCUUGAUGAAGAACGAAAUUCCCGAGUCCUGUACACAGUAUUUGGGAGAUGCAUCCGGUGCCAUCCCACAGUUCCCGGUGAUUAGUCUGAAUCACCCUUUUCCUGAGGAUAUUAGUUUAGAGGACGUCGAUACGCUGCGGUCAAUUUACCGCGAGCACUGCGAAGCCUUCCUGGAUGCCAUAAUGAACUUGGAUUUCAACACGAUCGAGUCGCUUUGGCGCGAGUUUUGGCGGGCGGAGAACAAUAACAACAAUGCAGACGAAUGCGAGGAGGAAAAGUAUCUCAGCAAGACGAAGCUGUACGUGCUGACGCAGUGCGAGCCAAUUCAGGAGUUUAUCAAACAGGUCGAUUUCAUGUUCUACCAAAACAUGGUGGAGGUACUGAUUCCGGACGUUUUGCGUCCAAUCCCGACCGGGUUGACUCAGGCGAUUCGUAACUUUGCCAAAAAUCUCGAGAGCUGGCUCUCUUCUGCGAUGAGCGGUUGUCCAGAGUCGAUUGUGACCAUCAAACUGUCUGCUGUGGCUGCAUUUGGGCAGACGCUUCGUCGGUAUACCUCGCUGAACCAUUUGGCACAAGCGGCCAGAGCUGUGCUGCAGAACAGCACCCAAAUCGCCCAGAUGCUCAACGAUCUCAAUCGAGUCGAUUUUCGGAACGUGCAAGAGCAAGCCUCAUGGAUCUGUCAGUGUGAUACGACGACGGUGCAGCGGUUGGAGAACGACUUCAAAGCAGCCCUUCAGCAGCAGAACACCCUGGAACAGUGGGCAAGCUGGUUGCGAGCGGUGGUGGACGAUGCACUGGAAGAGUAUCGCGGCAAACCCUCGUUUGUGAACGCCGCUAGGCAGUUCCUGCUCAAGUGGAGUUUCUACAGCUCAAUGGUGAUUCGGGACCUGACGCUUCGUUCGGCGGGAAGCUUUGGCAGUUUCCACCUCAUACGGCUGCUGUACGAUGAAUAUAUGUUCUUCAUUAUCGAACAUAAGGUGGCGGAAGCGACGCAAACUACACCGAUUGCGGUCAUGGGUGAGAAAGAAGCCACCAGCAAUGGUCGCCAGCUAGUGCACUCGCAGCAGCAUAGUCACCUUCAUCAACAGCAGCCACACCAGCAACAACAUUCCCAGCAAACACAUCCGGACGACAUGAGCAGCAUGCUGUACACGUCCGACUUUGAGAUGGUGAACGUGAAGAUGGAACCGAGUGCGAAGCGCAUGCGCAGUUAGUCAAUUUUAUCCACAACCGGUGCUGUUGGCUUCCAGCAUCAUCAACAGCAUGCGGUUGCUUUGCUGGCCCAAUGUCAGCGUGACAAAAUUAGCCAUUCAACAUCAACGACAACAACGACUCCAGUAACGAUGGUGCCGGUGCCAACAGCCCAACAGACGGCCACUUGGUACCUAGCACCGUCGUCGUCUUCGUCGCCAUCCAACAACAGCAGCACAGGGGCGGCCAGUGGGGACCCGGGAUCACCGUCGUCUCCGUUCGCCUCCUUCUACUGUGGCCAUUAGCAGCAUUGCAUCGAAUUCGAAUUGUGUAGUUAUAGGUUUAAGGAUCGCGAUUUAGCCACCAAGUGUGUGCUAAAAAGAUUUUUUAUUUAUUCACCCCAUUCCUAGUUUGUUUAUAUGCCAUUUUAGUUGAAUUUGCCCUACUUGGGCAUGGUUUUGAUUUACUUCAGUUUGUAUGUUGAUUGGUUACCACAUUUGUUUCUCAAUUGUAAAUACUUUCGAAGCGGAUUUCAAAAUUUUACAAACUAUUCGUACUGUUAGUCAAUGAUUUUUCAAUUUAUUUAUUUAUUAUUAGAUUUAGAUUAGAUUGACUACACGCGCUCAACGAAUUAUUUAAAAUUAACUAUCAAGAGAAAAAGAAACCUGCUAAUCAUAAUCAAACUUGUUACGAAUCUUAAAAAAAGAAAGAUAGUCUGUCGUUUCCGUGUUUUCUGUGCUAAAAAUCUUGAACUUCUCGUUUUACAUUUCUGCCACUGUCUCAUGUUACAUCUUGAAGGCAACAAAACUGUAACUAGAGUUUAUAUUUAAGGAAUUGAGUGUAAUCAAAAAAGGCCAUUCACUUUACAACUGAACCAAAAAUACAAAUCAGCGAAAAAAGUGUGUGUAUGAGAGAGAGAGAAAAAAACGAGUUCACAGUCGUAAGUUCACCGUAUUUUUCAAUAGUUGUUAGAUCCUAAGCGAUGCACGAAAAUUAGCAGAAAUCCGAUAUAUGUAGUGAGAGAAAAGAGGUUAGAGGACUGAUAGCAUUCGAAAUGUGCAAUUUGUGGUGAGUGCUGUACGAUAGUAAAUAUAUGUACAACAUGAGAGAAUUGAUUAAGACAACUGAUUUAUGCUGCUGGAGCUCAAAAAUGUUUUUGUGAACAUUUUGUUAGAAAAAGUAGUUAUCUCGUGGUGUAUGGAUCUAGACGCAACUUCCACUGAUCGGUUUUUUAAACAAUAAAAGUCGUUUAGAAAGAAAAUGACAAAUCCGAUAUGUGAAAUUAAUAAAUGAAGUCUCUCUUGUGCAAUUUAUAAA